AUGAAGGACCCCAGAGUUACCAUGAACGAGAAUUCCACAAUGAAACCACAGGCUUCCAGUGCUCAGGCCGAGCCCCAUUCUGAACCUAGAAGGAAUCCGACCAAGUCCGUUCGCGUUGCUUUCGGCCCGGACCUGGAAACCCAUAUCCCUCCGCGCGAUAGAUCCCCCGCUCCCACGACGUCCCAUCACCGAUCAUUUACCACCGUCGAACACAAACCACCCCCGUUGACUACUCCGCCCGGCAGACCAACCAGCUCGUCGGGCGAGAAUUCAGCCAUCAUCGAUUCCGCUCCUCGAUUGACUUCGGAUCGGGCCUCAGAUUCCGCUCGGCCAACAGCUGCCUUGAAAAGAGCAAAGAGUGACUAUGGACCUAGGGUGGGCUUCGAAAGAUCCGCUUUUGGGGAUGACGAGGAGGAUUUUGCUAUGAGACACGGAUGGCAGGAGGAGUAUACGUCGAGCGAAUAUCUCAAAAUACUCCACUCGAAUUUCUACAUGUAUUUCACCGAGAAGCGCCACGAGACUGAUGGUAUUCCAAGGGACCCCGUCGGUAGCUGGCCAAGUCAAGACUGGCGUAUGAAGGACCGGCUGAAAACAGUUUCUGCUGCGUUGGCUAUAUGCUUAAACAUCGGCGUUGACCCCCCUGAUGUGGUAAAGACGAACCCGACAGCGAAACUGGAAUGCUGGGUUGACCCAACGUCCACUACCGGUGGCGGCCAGACUAAGAUCAUGGAGCAGAUAGGGAAGAAGCUGCAGGAGCAGUAUGAGACUCUCAGUUUGCGGACAAGGUACAAACAGUAUUUGGAUCCUUCCGUCGAUGAGACCAAGAAGUUCUGCAUAUCGCUGCGACGAAAUGCUAAGGACGAGAGAGUCCUCUUUCACUACAACGGCCAUGGUGUUCCUCUUCCUACCCAAUCGGGCGAGAUCUGGGUGUUCAACAAGAAUUACACGCAGUAUAUUCCCGUGUCUUUGUACGAUUUGCAAUCCUGGCUUGCUGGUCCUAGCCUUUUUGUUUUCGACGUAUCGCAUGCAGGGAACAUCGUCCAAAAUUUCCACACUUUCGUCGAAAAGCAUGAGAAGGAGAACACCGAAGCCAAGAAGCGAGAUCCCAACGUCAUUGUUCAAAGCUACGGCGAUUGUAUAAUUCUCGCGGCCUGCCAAAAGAGCGAGUCCUUGCCGACCAACCCAGAUCUUCCCGCUGAUCUCUUCACAUGUUGCUUGACUACACCGAUCGAUAUCGCUCUACGGUUCUUCAUCCUCCAAAAUCCCUUGCAAUCCAAUUUCUCUAUCGAUGACUUUAGAGUCCCAGGCCGUCUACAGGAUCGCAGAAGUCCUCUUGGAGAGCUUAAUUGGAUUUUUACAGCAAUCACCGACACCAUUGCAUGGAAUACCCUUCCGCGAACCCUGUUCAAGAAGCUGUUCCGCCAGGACUUGAUGGUCGCUGCUCUCUUUCGGAAUUUCUUGCUCAGUGAACGGAUCAUGCGUACAUACAAGUGCCAUCCGAUCUCAUCUCCAGAACUUCCAGAGACGCACCAUCAUCCUCUGUGGAAAAGCUGGGAUCUGGCUGUCGAGAUGGUCUUGUCCCAACUUCCGGCCUUGAUUGAAAACGACGAAGGUCGCAAGCACUAUGACUACCAGCAUUCGUCUUUCUUUGCUGAACAACUCACUGCCUUUGAGGUCUAUCUAUCGUCGGGACCGACGGAAAAGAACCCCCCGGAUCAGCUGCCUAUUGUCUUGCAGGUUCUUCUGAGCCAGGCCCACAGACUAAGAGCAUUGAUCUUGCUCAGCAAAUUCCUCGAUCUGGGUCCUUGGGCGGUUCAUCUGGCGUUAAGCAUUGGUAUCUUCCCUUACGUCGUUAAGCUUUUACAGUCUGCAGCCCAGGAACUCAAGCCUGUGAUGGUGUUCAUCUGGGCUAGGAUCAUGGCGGUUGACCAUACCGUCCAAAACGACCUAUUGAAGGACAAUGGAAUUCAUUAUUUCAUUUCUAUUCUCAACCCCUCUUCACCGAUCCCAGUGGGCAAUGCCAGCGAACACCGAGCAAUGUGCGCGUUCAUCGUGUCGAUCUUCUGCAAAAACUAUCCCCAGGGACAGAAUGUGUGUCUCUCCGCCGAACUGUUUGAUUCUUGUCUGAGGCACUUGAUGGACGUUGAGAAUCCUUUGCUGCGGCAGUGGUCCUGUCUAUGCAUAAGUAUGCUCUGGUCCGAUUUCCCCGAGGCCAAAUGGAUGGGAAUCCGAUGCGCUGCCCCUGCGCGGCUCUGCGAGCUUAAUUUCGACCCUGUGCCGGAGGUCCGAGCUGCGAUGUUACACGCCGUCACUACGUUUUUGGGCAUCCCAGAUUUGACGGACCAGGUCGCCCAAAUUGAAGAGUCCUUAGCCAUGGCGGUCCUCCCUAUGUCAUCGGAUGGCAGCGUUCUUGUUCGAAAGGAGCUGUUGGUGUUCUUCUCAACCUUUGUUAGACGUUAUCAGAACAAGUUUCUGGUUGCUGCUUAUGAAGAAUUCCAAGAUGAGAAGAAAAAUCUCAUUUCGAAAUUGGAACAAGCAGGUAUCGGGGCCUACUACCCGGAAGAACCCAUCAAUGGGUCGACUGAUGACUCGUCGAAAUCGAAAUCGAAAUCGCAGACUUUGUCUCGCAACACCACGUUUGGCACAAUUUGGAAGCAGUUACUCAUUCUUUCCGUUGAUCCCCACCCAGACAUAGCCCAGGAUGGCAGCAUGAUUAUUGAUUACAUUCAUAUAGCUCUCUUGCAGUCCCCUAUGGCUUCCAUAACUGAUAAGCUUCGAACCGAAAUAAUGGAGCUAUCAAGCCGAGUGCCACAGAAGCAGCAUGUUCGAGAACGACCUGAGUCAAAGGCCGCACCGCCCCCCACACCACAGUCUCAUGCCCCUCCCAAGCCGGAAGGCUAUCUCUCACUUAGUCUCAGACGGACGGCCAGCGUUGCUGCCUCGCUCAAGAAUCUUGCCUUCGGUGGAUCUUCCCAAACUGAACCGCAGUCAUCACAGCCCCCGACGUCACCUAAAAGCCGCAUGCCUAUCACUCCUCGAGGAAGGGCGCCCCCAGAAUGGACCCGACCACCGGAAGUGAACGAUCAAGUCGCCCCUGCUACAGCGUAUCAUCAAGCCCCUACUCCCACGUCCCGAGGGUUCGAGUCUAAAGAUCUUACGACUGCCCCAACUAUUCCCCUGAUGAGCAGAUUCCUAGAUUGGUCCACAGAGGUAAUCCCAGAAUCACUCCACCUAAUCAGCGAGCAAUACAACGAAAUAUAUGAGCGUUUUCUCACCCAUAUCCAGUACUUCCGGGAACCCCAAAUGAAACCCAAUGAGCCCGACGAGCCCGGUAGCGCGGAUUACAACGAGCGACUCUGGAGACGGAGCCGCAACGAGAAGAUCAUCACGGAAACCCAACCACUCAAGGGCAAAGCAGGAACAAGCCGAUGGGAUAGCUCCAUGGCUCUUCUCACGAACAACAGCCAACCCCUGAAGAUGUGUUUUCACCAGUUCGAGGAUCAUAUCGCAGUCGCGGAUGAUAGGGACACGAUUGCUAUUUGGGACUGGCAGAGACAUAAGCGCCUGAAUUGGUUCUCUAAUCGCAACCCCCCAGGGUCGAAGAUCAACGAAGUUCGCUACAUCAAUGAGGACGACCAAGCACUUCUGAUGACAGGUUCUUCCGACGGUGUCCUCAAAGUAUUCCGCAACUACGAAUCUUCACAGGAUGUUGAGAUCGUGACGGCAUUUAGAGCGUUGCCUGAGCUUAUUCCAAGCAAUCGGAAUGCCGGCCUUGUCCUUGACUGGCAACAGGGUCAAGGUAAAGCAUUGGUUGCCGGCGAUGUGAAAGUAAUUCGUGUGUGGAACGCCGCCACGGAAGUGUGCACCAACGAUAUCCCAGCUCGUUCAGGUUCCUGCAUCACGUCCUUGACUUCAGAUCAAGUGGCAGGUAACAUUUUCGUUGCAGGAUUUGGUGACGGUGCCGUCCGAGUUUUCGACCAGCGUCUGAAACCCACGACUUCUAUGGUCAAGGUGUGGCGCGAACACAAGCAAUGGAUCACCAAUGUCCACAUGCAACGGGGUGGCUUAAGGGAGUUGGUGUCCGGCAGUCGUAACGGUGAGAUCCGACUCUGGGAUCUCCGAAUGGACGAUCCCAUCUCUACCAUCUAUGCUACUCGAGAUACUCUCCGCACGUUAAGCGUCCACGAACAUGCCCCGGUCUUCAUGGUAGGCACAAACCGCCACGAAGUCAGAACAUUCAACAAUCACGGUUCCCACCUCUCCUCCUUCGAGCCCUACUCGAGCUUCCUGCAUCAUAAUCGCUCAUCCCCCAUCGCCAGCACCGCAUUCCACCCUCACCGCACCAUCCUCGCCUGCUCCGCUCUUAAUGAUAAUCAUAUAAACCUGGUGCAUUGUUAG